CUAGGCUAGCCGUUUCCUUGCUAGGCUAAGCGACAGUUCACUGCUCAACAUGGUGGAUUUAAACACUCUUAAAGCCGAACUGACGGUUAUCGUGAAUGAUUUGGCCAAGGCGGUGGUAACGGGAAUAUUUAACACGGCGGAGAAAGUUACUUUAAAGAAACAAAAUCCGGAAAUGGAGACGCUCAGGUCUCUGGUGGAUAGUUGGUGUGUUGAAGCUGUGGAGAAAAUCCUGAAUGCCUUUCAGCUCUUUGCAUUAAAGAAUGAAAAGGGUCCAAAGAUCCAGAAAGAUCCAGUUCAGAAUGCUGAAGGUUCAUUGAAGACCACAGAAGGAGAGGACAGCGGUGCAGAGCCACCUCCCCCAAAUCAGACGUUCAUCCUGGUGUAUGGGAGCGCUCCUGUUGACUCCCAUUGCGUCCUUCUUUCACUGCAGAGUAACGCUAAUGAAGAAACUAACCAUGAAAUUAAAACUGAAGCUCCAGGUGAAGUCACAGCACUGCAGACUGAGCACCCCACCUCCUCUCUGCCCUCACAAGGUGACCAUGAAUAUGCUCGACCGUCCUCACCACCACCGCCUGCAUUUUCUGCGGUGAAGAGGAGGAUCUCUAAAACAGGCGGGAGGAAGUUUCGACAAAGCAAGCAUAAAAAAACAACAAAUGCUCCUGAGACUGAGGAGUCGACAGAAACUCUCCCUAGGUGCUUUCAGUGUGGGAUGCUUUUUCCAAAUGCAGAGCGACUGUCUGACCACCAGAGGAAGUCUCAUCCCAUGUGCUUGGUGUGUGGGAAGACUUUCACCGGCAUCCUGAGACUUCGUGAACAUGAGAUCAAAGAUCACAGGCUGCAGCCGUACGCCUGCGAAUACUGCCCCAAGAGGUUUAACCACAAACCACACCUCAACCUGCACAUCAAGUGUCGGCACACGGGUGAGAAAAGCUGCCACUGUGACAUCUGUGGGAAGGGUUACUCCUCCAUCAGCAUGCUGAAGACUCACAAGAUGACCCACUUUGAGAAGAAGUUCACCUGUGAUGUCUGUGGAAGGAGCUUCUACCAUGCUUGUCAUCUGACUCGCCACAAACUGGUGCACGAGGAUGUCCGGCCGCACAAGUGCUCCACCUGUGGGAAAGGCUUCACCCAAGCGGCCAACCUGCGCAGCCAUCAGGCGACCCACACCGGGGAGCGGCAGCUCUGCUCCAUCUGUGGCAAGAGCUACCGCUGCCUGAAGUACCACAUCAUCAGCAAACACCCAAAUGAGCUCUCUGCCAAUGAGCUGCCGGCCACAGACGCCAUCGUCUCUUGUGCCGUGUGCAGUAAAAAGUUCCCUAACCAGUCUCAGCUCCGAGUCCACCAGAGAGUCCACACGGGGGAAAAACCGUUUCACUGUGACGUCUGCGGGAAGAGUUACCGCCUGAAGGAGCUGCUGAGGGAUCACAAAUACACUCACACCGGAGAGAAACCGUACAAGUGCUCUCACUGCUCCAAAACCUUCAACCUGGCCACCAGCUUCAUCAGACACCGCAGUAUCCACAGCGGCACCACGCCCUACAGCUGCCAGGACUGUGGGAAACACUUCCGCCUACUCACCUUCCUGAAAGCUCACCUGCAGACCAAAGCUCACCUGAAGCAGACUCAGAAGAAGAGCAGCAACCUCUCUGAGAUGGGGGUUAACAUGGUUACUGUGUUGUAACAUGGCCAGAGGUCAGACUCUGCCAUCUUUUCAUCUGUUACGAUGGUCGCUGUUGAUAGAAAUUCAUGCCUGACAUGACCCACGAACAGGUAGUUGAGAGGAGAGAAGAGGGUAGUUGGGGGGGAAACAUGAUCGGGUCAGUACAAAAGAACUGUGUCUAAUGUGAAAACGUCCUUUGAAUGUCAAUGUGAGCCUGUUAGUGGGAAAAUUAGCAUUUUAGUAUUUUUUCUAAAUUAUUAUUUGUUUUAUGUUGAAUGUAUUUAUUUUGAAAGAUUAGGAUGCAAUCUUUGUUUUCUGUUUCCCUGCUGCCGGCCGAGGAAAUCUACUCAAUCGCUCCAGACCCAGAGAAAGACAAGGCCGUGGUUUAGAGGAGAAGCAGCCUUAAAGUGGCUCAAACAGAACAGCUGGAUCUGCUGGAGUGGCAGAGCAGCGAUCGCGUGUUUGGGGUGUUUGGAUGCCAUGAUGUUGUUGUGCUUGAUUGAUUUAUUUUGCUUCUAUCAGCAGAUUAACAGAGGAUCAUUAAAAGUCAUAAAGGUGAUUAAAUCCAUUGUAGAAAGACAAAGGUGGGAUUAAAGCUGGUAUACAUCCUUUAAUCUGACCUCUGGUCUGCAGAAAAACACACAAACAAUCAGAGGAUUACACACAGGAGCCCCACUUAUCAUCCGAAUUAUCAGCGAUCGACCAGAUUAAAUUAUCUGAUGAUAAAAACACACAUAGUCAGACAUGGAUCUUAAAUCUGAGGUUCUGAUGGUGAACCAAAACCACGGCUACGUCACAGCGAUGCUAGAAUCAACAUCCACAUUCUGACACGUUAUUACUACUAAAUAUAUACAUCCCUCAUUACCUAAGUGCCUGUAUGAAGCAGUCCUAGUAUCAGUUUCCAGCUGCUGAUCUGCAUGUUUCACAUCAUCAUCAUUAACAAACAAACAACAAUCAAUGGUCAAUAAUCCGCCUCCAGCUGCAGGAUGAGCCUGCGCUAAUUUAAUCUACUUAAAGGGUUCAAUUUGAAAACAAAGAGCUUUAAUAAAACACAAAUAUACUCAAAAUAUAAUGCUUGUUUUCAUC